AUGCCGACAGGCGACGCCGGCAUCGUGGCUGAUGGCACCGGGUCAGCCUGUCUCGAUCCUGCUUCACGGACAGCCUCAACACCACGCUUCUCCCGUCCGGUCUCGCUCUCCACCACAUCGCGCUCCGCGAUGCGCACCACGCGGGGUCCACGGCAACGUAUCGAUAUCAACGUCUGUCCUCCGCUAUUUGCUUUCCCAGGAAACGAUUGCUGUUUCUUCUCCCCGGAUCUGCCUGAUCCCGCCCUCAUGGCUGCCGGCGCCGUGACGCCAGGCGAUGGCCCGUGGCUGCUCCAGUUGGACCAGCCUUCCCGCAUCUGCAUCGAGCUGUGUUGGCCGUCUAAUCAGCGUCUGCAACGGUGCCUCGCAUGCCACAUCCCAGCACCGAAUACGGCUGUUGACAUGGUCGUCCGGCUCCCCAAAGCGCUCCGGCAGGCUUAG